AGAAGGAUGCUCCACGGGACCGCCCGAGACAGUGGCCCCGCUCCGCUCCGGCUCGCCAUGAGGGCCGUCCUGGUCCUGAGCUUCCUCCUGGCGACCACCUGGAGUCAGAUGAUGUUCAGUGGAGACCAGGUUCUUCGUGUCAAGGCCAAGGACGAGAAGGAGCUCCAGUUACUGAGGAAUCUGAAGGACUCAGAUUACCUGAAGAUUGAUUUCUGGCAUUCUCCAGCAAGACCCAGCCUCCCUGUGGAUAUGAGAGUUCCUUUUGCUAACCUGAAAAUUGUCAAAAACUACCUGAAUUCCACUGGCAUGUCUUAUACCAUCAUGAUAGAGGAUGUCCAGGUGCUCUUGGAUGAGGAACGCAAAGGCAUGUCGGCGUCUCAGAGGACAGAGAGGAGCACCAGUGGCUUCAGGUACAACUCUUACCACACGAUCCAGGAGAUCUACACCUGGAUGGACAACUUUGUGGCUGAGCAUUCGGACCUGGUCUCGAAAAUUAUGAUUGGCCAAACCUUCGAAAAGCGGUCCAUUUUUGUGCUGAAGUUCAGCACCGGGAAUAAGACCCGGCCGGCUGUCUGGAUCGACACCGGCAUUCACGCGCGGGAGUGGAUCACCCAGGCCACUGGAGUGUGGACAGCCAUGAAGAUCGCCAUGGAUUAUGGGGAAGAGCCGGUGCUCACCGAAGUCUUGAACCACAUGGACAUCUUCCUGGAAGUCAUCACCAACCCUGAUGGGUUUGCCUAUACCCAAAACAUGAACCGUCUGUGGCGCAAGAACAGAGCUUCCAAUUCCAAUUCCACUUGCAAGGGGGUAGAUCCCAACAGGAACUGGGAGACCGGCUUUGGAG